AAUCAUUGUUUGGGAUACAGGUGCGAAGGAAAUAUCUCACGAGGACACAGCUCGAACGCACCGGAACGACAAACAAAGAUUUUAUUCAAGAGAUCAUCACUGUUUGAGAUAUAUAUUACUAGUCUAGCACAGUAUCAAGGAUUAUUGUAUACAACUUUGAUGUCAUUUACCAGCUAUUUGCCUGUGCAAGGUAGACAUGUAACCUUAGUAUGCAGGCUGAAGAUUUACAACCCGGUGAAAGAAGUAUGCCUCAACGGUCAUGUUUUUUGCAGGGCAACCACGUCUACAGCCAGCUAUACACCAACAUUAUGGAGCAGCUACUACGCUGAACCAGAACCAGUACAUGUCACGGAACAUAAAACAAGCAGUAUAAAGCGUCGGAUAUGCAGAUGCAGUAGCAUAUUAGAGUGUAAUGGGACCUUGUACUGUGGUCGUAAUGAAGGUUACAGAUGUUGCGGAUUUGGUGUCUACCAUCCUGUAUCACAGACAUGUUGCCGGCAAACAAACGCAACAUUUAAGAUCCAGGAUGACAAACCAGAGAAAAAACACAUAUGUUGCAAUCUGGAAGUCUAUGAACGUUCGUCUCCUAACGCCAGAUGUGAACAUCCGGCCUCCAAUGACAAGUUCUUCCGAAAUCCCAGGAAGAACUUAAGGACAAACAACAGAAUAUGUCACGAAUCUCAUUACGUUUAUCGAAUCGAUAUAAAAAGACAAAAGAAUGGACAUUACCUAACAGCUAAUGUUGGUAUGUGGGCCUGGAGUCCGACAUCUAAUCGUGUGACGAUGCGUAUAAGAAAGUCUCCAACGCACAGGAAAGAGAUGGACAUUAAACUAGAUAAAUACAGCCCAACUGUGAAGAUACAUAAGAGUUUUCUAAUAUUUUCAAAAUAUAAUUAUCUAAAGGAUUCUGUUUUUGUUCUAAACCCAAAUGAAGUUCUCUACGAAAGCCCUAAAGACAAUAAACGAACUGUACGAGUGUUGAAAAACGUCCAUGAAAACUGUUUAGUUGAUUUAGUCAAUAAGUUAUUGUCACCAGGAGAUGCAGUGGAGACCAGUUACAUUGCAAUUAAAAGCUCUAGAAGCAGUAAAAGAAGGAUAAGGUAUCUGAAGAUGGAUUAGUGAACCGUGACGGUGACUAAAGUGUAUAUCCCUGCUCAUAAGGAAAACCUACCAAGACAAUAACAUUUAAAUGUGUGAACAAUUCUUAAGUAUAUUGAUAUGUUUGUUUAAUUUUGAUUAGUUGUAUUAUUAUUACCUCCGCCAGCACAUACUGGCAAUUACAAGUUACAUGAUUAUUGCAAUUUUCAAACCAUUUUUGCUCGUUUAAGGAUGGCGCUUAGAUAACACAGAUAUCAGAAGUGUUUGUUGUGCACCAAGAGUUGUUUUAUUUCUUGCAUAUUCACACAGUAAAGUAUAUCGAGCACUGAUUAUAAUACGUGUAAAUAUUAUGUCGUUCUGUUUGUAUAGUUUGAUUUUGACGUUUGAGAGUUCAGUUUUGAGAGUUCAGUUUACAGACUCGUUUGCCGAUUAGGGAUUUGCUUUGCCUUAUCUAGAUUAGUCACCGCCUGACACAUACGCGGCUGGGGUUCAAUACUUCCAAGAAGUCGUUGUUUUCUUUUCAUUUUUAUUUUGUUUCUUUUUCAAGUGAAAAUUUCGAGGUUUUAUUAUACGUAUUUUAUUGUUAUAAUGUUAUUCUUUAAUUACAUAUUUUCAGGUUUAUUGUCACGUACAAGUAAAGUUUAUUCUAUUGCAAAAUUACAAUCAUAAUGUUCAUUAGGGGUAAAUUUCAUAUAAACAUAAAACGUUAAUAAUGGAAUUUAAACAAUCCUUUCUGUUAAAUCAUUUGUAUUGUUCUGUUCCAUUUUGUAAUUACAAACUUCAUGUUAGUAAUAUUUAUUGAAGGACAACUAACCGAAAAUAUUUUUAAGGUAAUCUUUUUCCUUUGAAGAUGUUGCAAUCUGGACAUCUGUCAACAUUCUUCUCCUAACUCAUAAUGUGAACAUCAACCCUCCAAUGGCAAGGUUUUUUUUCGAAAUCCCAGGUAGUUAAGGACGAACAAAAGGAUAUACCACGAAUCUCUUUACGGUAAAAACAUUUUGCAAAUGCUCUUUACACUGUGUACAUUUACUUUUGUGAUGUAUACUGCAUUGCUUUUAACCUCUGAAUUAUCAUUAUACUUAAAGUACAACAUUUUGAUAAAAAAAUCUAUACUUUUAUUUAUGCGACACUUAUAGGCAGUUUCCCGUCCUAACUGUAGAAGUAGUUUUUGUCAAAAAAAAACGUCCGCUAGAUAGAAUAUUUGAAUAAACGGCUUUAAGAUGUACCGAACAUAAUACAUAGUGACACUGCGUUUACACGCUAAAUACCACACCUAGUUUAGUGGCAGAGCAUCUGACCCGAAAGCGAAAGGCUGGGUUCGAUCCACGGCCGGGCAUUACAAAGAUAUAAAAUGGUACGAGUAUAUUGCUCGCUUAGUACUCAUUUAUGAUAUUCGUGUGCACAAAGACUACAUUACAGCUGAUGUGUUAUAUCAAUUUUAAUUGUUAUAAAAAACAUAUGUUUUGACUUUUUUUAAUUGUUAUGGACAGAGAUGCUAACUGAGUGGUUUAAUUAAGAUUCUAAUUGAAUGUUACUACACGUUCUUAGUUUUUUUGAGUCGGCUAUCAGUGGAUACAAUUGGCAAAAAUAUUUGUUGUUUACCUCUUUUUGUAAUUUGUCUUUGAUCUUGUUAACUUUUUUAAGUAAACAAACGAUUAAGUCAUUAAAUGAAAAAUACAUCUCAUAAUAUUCAUUACCAUGCAUCUCAUCAAUGCUUUACUUAAAACUGCAUUAUUAUAUUAAAAGUGAAAUGGAUCCAUCCUAUGAGUGUAUUGUCCAAACUAUUUUUUUGCCGUAUGUCAACAAUAGAAUGAAUAAUUUGAUCAAUAUGACAUACAUGUGAAUGUUGUAUGCUGUUGUGUGUUAGAUCGUUCCAUUAAUAAGACCAUCCGCUAUUAAAAUCAUUUUGUGUAAGAA